UUUGGUUUGUUCAAUAUGGUGCAGCUUUUCUCUGCUGUAAAUUGCUGGCUUAAGUGCAUGCUGCUUGACCCUUAUAACCAGACGGACCAUCCAGAAUGCAAGUCAAGGCCAGAUAGUGGUCUUUCUGCGAUUACAGAGUUGGACCCUGGUUAUAUAACAGGUCCUCUUUCUUCAAUAUGGAAAGAAUGGGUCAAAUGGUGUGUAGACUUUGGUAUUGAAGCUAAUGCUAUCAUCGCUGUUCCAUACGAUUGGAGGCUACCCCCAUCGAUGCUUGAGGAGAGGGAUCUGUACUUUCAUAAAUUAAAAUUAACUUUUGAAAUUGCAUUGAAACUUCGAGGAGGGCCAUCUUUGGUUUUUGCUCAUUCCAUGGGAAACAAUGUAUUCCGGUACUUUUUGGAAUGGUUGAAACUGGAAAUUGCCCCAAAGCACUAUAUCCAAUGGCUCGACAAACAUAUACAUGCAUACUUUGCAGUUGGUGCCCCUCUUCUCGGAUCUACUGAAUCAGUCAGAGCCACUCUCUCUGGGACAACGUCUGGACUUCCAAUCACUGAGGGGACAGCCCGAUUGAUGUUCAAUUCAUUUGCUGCUUCUUUAUGGCUCUUGCCAUUCUCAAAAUACUGCAAAGCUGAUAAUGUAUACUGGAAGCAUUUUUUUGAGGGAAAGGCCCACAUCAACAGACAACAAUGCGAUGAGAUGGAGUAUAGUUCUGACAACUCUGGAUGGCCCACAACCCUCGUCACUAUCGAGGUUCCUACAGUUCGAGGUACGGAUGCUUAUCCAUCCAUUAUGGACAUAACAGAGGACAUAACAUCCAACAUGGAGUGUGGAAAGCCAACACUCUUAUCAUUUUCUGCCAGAGAAGUUUCAGAUGGUACUUUGUUCAAAACUAUGCUGGAUUAUGACCCACAGAGCAAAGCCCUUAUCCAUCAGCUGGAGAAGUACUACCAGGGUGACCCAGUUCUCAAUCCUCUCACGCCCUGGGAGAGACCCCCAAUAAAGAAUGUAUUCUGCAUAUAUGGCAUUGAUACAAAGACUGAGGUAGGAUACUAUUUUGCACCAAGUGGCAAACCAUAUCCAGAUAAUUGGAUAAUAACUGAUGUGAUUUAUGAGUUUGAACAGUCCCUACUGUCAAGAUCAGGUCAUUCUUUUUCUGGAAAGCCUAACAAUUCCAGUGGAGAUGGAACAGUAUCCUACAACUCCCUGUCAUUGUGCAAGGAAUGGCUUGGGCCAAAAGUGAACAUAACAAGGACUCCACAGGCAGAACAUGAUGGGUCUGAUUUACAAACAAGAAUGAAUGCUGAGCACUAUCAUGGUGAGGAUCUAUUUCCCAACAUGACGAGGGCUCCACAUGUAAAGUACAUAACGUACUAUGAGGAUGCUGAAAGUAUUCCAGGAUGGAGAACAGCAGUCUGGGAGCUUGACAAAGCAAAUCACAGGAAUAUUGUUAGGAUGCCAGUGGUCAUGCGUGAGUUAUGGCUUGAAAUGUGGCAUGACAUGCACCCUUAUUCAAAAUCAAAAUUCGUGACAAAAGCGUUCCGAGGUCCAUUGAGACACGAAGAUUGCCACUGGGACUAUGCAAAAGCUCGGUGCGCCUUUCCAGAAUUCUGUGAAUACAGGUACACGUUUGGUGACGUGCAUCUAGGAAUGAGCUGCAGGCUGAAAUAUUCAUCAACUAUGCUCCUUCGGCAGUAUCUCUGAAACCAUUGCUUGUUUGGUUGACUGAGUAACUCUUGAUUAUCACGUCCAGUGAAUCAUACCGGGCGUUCCUCUUUCGCUUGGCGAUGGCCAGGACAAGUCAGGGGCUUAGGCCCCAUCCAAAACAGGAUUUUGCGGUGUUGCUUGUAACACCAAAACCUUCAGCCACGUGGGAGCCACUCGUAGCAGAAUUGACUUGAUCGUGUUGAAGUUUUGCCAUGUGAUCACACUGAUGUGUACAGUAGACGAUGGUUUGGCUGUUUGGGCAGCCAAUUGCUGACAGUAAGAGUCCAAGAAGGUACUCCGUACUUCCAUAGUACUCCCUCUAUGAAUAUCCAGGGCUUAUUUUGAUUGGUUAAGACAAGGUUUGAGCAAAAAUGGCCCCAUCAGUAUGUUAUCUAUCUGACGCAAAACUAGUGCCAUUGGACAUGUAAAUUUUCAUUAGCCAAUCGAGAAAUGCCAGGUCAGCUCCGAUUUGCCCCCCUGGAGAUCUUAUGGCUACCGCUAAACAUGUAUUGGCUGUUGAAUUGGUAAGACGCAUGCUGGGUGCUUCCAUGGAGCCAUGUGUGGUUUA